AUGAUAGACCCAAAUCAUGACUUAGCAUAUUACGCUAUGACAAGGAACCAGAAUGUCGUUGAUUCACUGACAUACUGGCAGAUUUGGGAGGAAAAUGGGCGAGACAAGCUCAAACCCGAGCUGAAACUAAAGACCGAAGCGGCAGUAAAACGAUUGAACCGCCAGUUGAGAAAAAACGAGCAAUAUCUGGAGCAGCUCGAUGUGCUGGAAAAUGAAGCGGAUCUGGCACUCAAUUCCGGGGUCGAAAACUAUCCAGAAACGGCGAGAGCGAUCAAGUCGAAGAAGUUUGUCCGUCACUGGAGCGUCGAGGACAAGAUCUUCUUUGAAUUGGAAGAGACCACGAAUAGGCUCAUUCCGAAAGAGCCUUUUAUUCAUCAUUUCUACAUGGAGGGGCGGGAUGGUCCGCGAGUGUCCGUUGAGCUAAACGCUAAAAGAAUAAAGGCCGCAGUCGUCGAUAAAGAGGGGCAUAAAAUCAGAGAACCACGAAACCACGUGUAUCUGAAGUUUGUCCCAUCUGGAAUGACUGAAAGAGACGAAAUGGAGAUGGUUGUGGAAUUUUACAACAAAACGACUAAACAAAACGUCGUGGAUUUCAUUCUGAUAAAAAACAACAAGAGGGAAGAGAGAAUCUACCUGCGAAAAAUGCUGAAGACGAAAAAAGCGAUAGACUACGGGAAAUCCAACUCGCUGGUAAAAUACGUCAACGUCGCGAUUGGCGUCCGAAGGAGGUUUGGCAGAGGAGUGAAGAGCUAA